AUGCUGGAAGACAUCACACCAUCUCCAGACCUGGAGGCUCUCACAGCCAACUACCCAAUCCUCUCCGUCUACCUCCCGCCCUUCUUCAGCGCCUUCAUCUACCUUUGGCUAUCCGGCCAGGCCAUCCGGUGGUUCUGCUUCACCAUGAACAGCCUGCAGUGCGUCUACAUGUACCUCUUCCCCCACUGUCUCUGGCUUCGCCGCCUGACGCGGAGGGUGCUCAAGCAAAACCUCAACGACACGAGACACUCUCCCUUCUACGGAGUCGACACGUUUUGUUUUCUCCUUUACGACAUAGAAUCCGUCGGUGAUGAUGCGAGGAGGAAGCUUUGCGCCAUUCUGUCUGCUGCGGAACGCGAGCGAAUAGUUGAUGCGGAGGACGCGCAGGAGGUGCCGUGGUGGGAUUAUCUCCCCUGGCGAAUCGUCCAGGCCAUGAAGCCCAGGACCAUUCUCAGACUUUCCCGACGUCUAUCUACCACUGAGCCCGUCUCGAUCAUCUACGGCGAAGAGACCUGGUUCGAAAGCCCGCCACCAGAAGAGAACCUGCCAUUACUCUUGGACAAGAAGAUACUAGCCCUGAUAUCACAGCCAGUUAGUUCAUCCCAACGAACGGACGCCAUGAACGAAGUCACGAGCAACCUCAACGCCCUACGUCACGACCUGGCACAACAAAUCCACGCCGCCCGCCGGCCCCGCCAGUUCACCCCCUCUCAAUUCGCAAAAUGUAUCGAAUGGGCUUGGACAUCCAACCCUUAUCUCGUCGACUUCCAGAAACGUUACAAAGUGCCCAACUGGGGCGUACCAGUCCCGAUCGGCCUGUUCGCAGCCGACGCCGACACCCGGUCCCGGAUUUUCAGGCCCCACAAUCCGGACCCGAGGGGCAACAGUGUUCGGAUCUCAGUGGAUCCUGAAGCCGGCGCGGCGCGGAUCGAGUUAGAUGAAGACUCUCCCAGUUUUGUGAGAAACUUGGAGGGCACUGUCAAUGAGUUCCGAGUGCUUCACGUAGAGCUCCUCACGUCUUUCAAGGAACUCUUCAAACCGGACGAGAAUCCUUUCACUGAGGCCACGAGGUAUUCGCAUCCCCGGGAAGAGCAGCGCAAGGCGCCUCAGACGCUGGAGGACAUCGUGCAAGAGGCAUUUCGAAGAGUUGCGAAGAGCACUGGUGAGAAGAUGGACUCCGAAAGGAACAUCUUGGAUCACUGGAGGGCGCUCAAGGCCUGGCGCCCCAAGUCUUUUGAUGAGCGCGACCGGUUCUCGCCGCUCCCUCCCCUGACUGAGAGAGUUUUCUGA